CAUUUCAAACAGUGCACCCGUUGCGCAUGUACGCUUUCGACCCCGGAAAUGUGCCCUGACUUUAUUAGGGGUCGUUUUAGCACCACAGAUUAUUAUUAUACUAAGAUAUAAUAUAUACGUUUCAGGUAAAGCUCCCAUAGUUGUCUUUUGUUGUGUGCCUCCUUGUAGGCUGCCAAACGGACAACAUGCGUCUCACGUUGCAGUUGUUAAUAUCUCAUGGGCGAGUUGCGCGGAGAAUCGGUCUCGGACCCGAGUCCAGAAUCAACAUACUGAGGAACAUUCUUACUGGACUGGUCCGCCACGAGAGGAUAGAGACCACCACGGGACGGGCUGAUGAAGUCCGAUUCUAUGCGGAAAAGUUGAUCGACUACGCUAAAAAAGGAGACACAGAUGAGAAAGCAAUGAAAAUGGCCAGUUUCUGGCUAACGGAGAAGGAUCUGGUCCCUAAACUGUUCAAGGUCCUCGCUCCCAGGUUUGAGACCCAGUCGAAGGACUACACCCGCAUGGCACGUCUCCCCGCCAGGAUGAACUUGGAUCGAGCCAAGAUGGCCGUCCUGGAGUACAAAGGAAACCCCUACCCUCCUCUGAGUCCCAUCAGAAAGGAGAAUGAACUGACCCUCAUCAACCAGCUGCUCAAAGCGUACAGGGAAGAGAGGUCACAGCUGUUUGCAGCCAAAGCCUAAGACCUUAACGCCCCCUACGUACCUGCCAUUAAUAUUCAGGAUCAGAGCUAACUCCGCUGAAGUUCCAUGAGGUUGUCGGUUUUCUGGUCUGAUUUAGUAAACCUGGGAGGACUUUCUGGUCUUUCCAUAAUUCACACAGAUGCUACCGGGGCCGCUGAAGCUGGGACAUGACUAUAUUUGUCAUUUCAAUUACCAAACCUUUACAUGUGUUCAAAUAAACGUUUGUAUUUAAUUAU